UGGAAAGCCGUUAAUGAAUUCCUGUCUCUCAACUGUACGUUUCGUGACGAAAGGGGUUUCCAAUGGCUUCAAGAGAAUCCGCAAAUUAAUUUCCGUAACGCACAGUCCAUUGACAUUAAGAUGAAAUCACUAAGUCAAGUGAAUACAAAGUUAAUGGCGUUUACAGAGCACGGGGAUUACUGUAGGAUAUUCCGUAUGACAUACACUAAACCAAUACAAGCACAACAGGAUCAGCCGGGAGCUACCGGCCCCGCACACCCAACCGCAACACCGACCUAUUUAUCUACAAAAAUAUUCUUGCCUUACAAAAAGAGUGACACCAUGUCUGACAUCAAACAAAGACUUUCCGAUUGGGUUAACCAGUAUUUAGACAAACAGCAAACCCAAAGUGCAAACAACGGGAGCUCCGGCUCCGAGAGCCCGGGUAUCGCCAAACGCUGGCCUCGGAUACUGUCGGCCGAAACGGUGGAAGUGUUUGCGAAGGACUUCAGA